AGGGUCUGUCUGUCGCCAGGCUGGAGUGCUGUGACGCGAUCUCGGCCCACUGCAACCUCCGACUCCCAGACUCAGGUCAUCUUCCCACCCCAGCAUCCCGACAAGCUGGGACUACAGCUGCAGCUGUCACCUCCACCUCCUCUGGGAAGUCUUCCCUGAACUUCCACUGGGUCAGUGGCCUCUUCUGGGACCCAGGGCUGCUGUCUCUUUCCCUCCAGCAACACUGUGAGACCCUCAAUGUCGUCUGCACCUCAAAUGCACCCUCCUAACAGUGCAUACGGUCAACAGGAUUAUUCACUCACUCUACAGUUCAUGUAGUCUAUUCUCUAUGGUGGACUCUGUGUUAGGCACUAAGGAUUUAGUGGUGAACAAGACCAAGAUGUGGACCCUGCCCUACUGGAGCCCACAAUCUGAUUGGGAAGAUAGAAAGUUAACAACAAUGAUGUCCAGCAAGGUGACCAUCAGUGGUGACACUGGGCAGGCCCGCCAGGCAGUGGAGCAGCUCCGGAUGAAGGUGGGCAUCGACCGAGUGAAGGUGAGGGUCGGGGCCGGUGCAGGAGGUGGGAAGAGGUGGAAACACAUGGGCCAGGGGACAGGUACAUGCCCGUGUCUGGUCUGACUGACCCAGUUGGUCUGCAGGUGUCAGCUGGCCGCCGAUCUGCUGCAGUUCUGCACAGAGCAGGCCAAGAGCGACCCCUUCCUUGUAGGCAUCCUGGCCGCCACCAACCCCUUCAAGGAAAAGAAGCCCUGUGCCAUCCUAUGAACCCAGGACAAUGCCACCCUGUGGCCUGGGCAAACCAGGGGACCUCAAUAAACAUGAAGUGAAUACUU